UGUGUGUGUGUGUGUGUACACCCGCUUAUGCCGGAGCUGUCAAUCAAGAGGCGCACGAGCUACUGCAGGUGCAAAGCUGGGCAUCGACGCUGCUGCUGAGAAGCCGAGGAGAAAACACACAUUUCAUGAUGGCGUCUGCAAAUGCAACAUAUGGACAGAAGGAGUCUUCAGACCAGAACUUUGAUUACAUGUUUAAAAUCCUCAUCAUUGGGAACAGCAGCGUAGGAAAGACAUCCUUCCUUUUCCGCUAUGCAGACGACUCCUUCACGCCAGCCUUUGUCAGCACAGUAGGCAUCGACUUUAAGGUCAAGACCAUCUACAGGAACGACAAGAGGAUAAAGCUGCAAAUAUGGGACACUGCUGGCCAGGAGCGUUACAGGACCAUCACCACAGCUUACUACAGGGGGGCCAUGGGUUUCAUCCUCAUGUAUGACAUCACAAACGAGGACUCCUUCAACGCUGUUCAAGACUGGUCUACUCAGAUCAAGACAUACUCAUGGGACAAUGCCCAGGUCCUCCUGGUGGGGAACAAGUGUGAUAUGGAGGAUGAACGAGUGGUGGCUGCAGAGAGAGGCCGGCAACUCUCAGAUCAGCUCGGCUUCGAGUACUUUGAGACGAGCGCUAAGGAUAAUAUUAAUGUGAAGCAGACCUUCGAGCGGCUGGUGGACAUCAUCUGCGAGAGGAUGACUGAGAGUCUGGACAACAACGACCCGACCGUCACCGGAGCCAAGCAGGGGCCACAGCUCACCGAGCAGCCUCAGAGGUCCAGUCAGGAUUGCGCUUGCUAAACAUGACCCCACACACACACACACACACACACACACACACACACACACACACACACACACACACACACACACUCAUGCACACACUGUUUGCCAGAAAACCACACACAAGUUUACAUUUUCUUCUGUCUGGUACUCACCUUUCCUUUCUCAUUUACAAUUACAAGCAAAUAUAUCACAACCCAAGCACUGCCAUACAGUGACACACAGUCUGGCUGCUUAGAUUCUCCAUCAUCUCACUGAACCAAAAGAUCUACACCCCAAAGAUUUUGUGUUUUCAAAGAUGUAUUUUUGGGGGGCUUUUUAUGCCUUUAUUAGAGAGACUGGACAGUGGAGUCAGAAAUCAGGGCGUAGGGAAUGACAUGUGGUUCAGGAGCCACAGUUCAGAUUUGAACCCGGGCUGCCUGCUUUGAGGACAGCAGCCUCUGUAUGGGAUUUGGUGUUUUCAGAGAUAUUACUGAAGUUUUCUUGAUUGCAGUAAUAUGGUCAGAGAGGGGAUGAAUUUAACUGAGGAACUAUCCCAAGUUAUCUUUCUUUUUUUUGGUAAACCAACACUAUACUGUAUCGUAAUCGUAAUAAAGACCAGUUAACACUUAGACUCAAUCAUUUAUCAUUGACAUGUCUGCAGGUUUUAUUAUUAAUCGUUGUAAAAGAGGGAUAUUGAAGUAAUUCUCCUUUCCUAACCUCCCUUUUACAAUGAAAUGCUCCAAACCCUUAAUGGAUACAAAUCACUUCCAUUUGUUUUCAAAGGUCCCAUUCUAAAUAUACUACAUGUUUGUUGCUGUGCAUAGAGGUGCUGUUUUUUUUUUACUUUUUUGAAAUGGUUGCGUGUUGUUUUGAGGAUGUUAAAUCACCGGUCAUUCCUGAGGGGUGUGUUUGACCUUCAGAUAUUUGCGAUCCAAGCUUGAUGUCACAGGGGUCAUUUCAAUUUUGUAAUCCUUUUAAUAUAAAUAAAAUAAAAUCAUGCAUAUCAGUUUGAUAGUCAAAUUGGCCCUUUACCAGAUCUGAAUUAUUUUUUACUUCAUUUAGUGUAUUCGAGAGGCAAAUUCUGUCACUUAGUUGGUCAAGUGUAAAGAGCUGCACAGCAUAUGUAAGUUGCUCAAUUUUAAAUUCCAACUUUAGUUUUUUUUAUGUGUUUUGUUAACUUUUUUAAAGACAAAAUAAAAAGAAGAGGAGUGUAUAAAUGUCUAAAGAUAGAUGUGCAUUUUAAGGUGCAUAUAUAAUAUAUACAUAUAUAAUUACAUAUACAAUAAUAAAGAUUUAAAUUGUUGGGAUUCCUGCCUGUGCUUUGGUGGGAAAUGCAUGUUGAUGUUUUUAAAUGAUUCUGGUUGACUGGAUGGUUAUUUGUGUGAGCUGUUGUCUGGAUUGAAAACCCAUUGGUCUGGCAGUUUCACCUCUCAGAGGUUUACCCGAUGAAGCUGAAGGUUUCACAAAUGAAGCCCGUCGCCCCUUCUCAUUGAAUUAACUCUCAUUCACUGUUUACAAUGUCAAACAUGCACUCGCAAGAUAGGCAUGUGUAGGCACAUGUAUACACAGACCCACACUCUACAGGUAGCCUCUCAUGUCAUGGUAGAAAAUAUUUGCAUAUUUACAUCUUUUGGGGGGACAUCAUUUUUGUAAGCAUGCUAAAUGUCAAAUUGUGACUUUAUUUCUAUCUGAUGCUAAAGAUUUGUCUGCUUGUGUGUACAGUACCAAACCUCCUGUCUUGCAUUCACAGAUCAGCUGAUGCAUGCAACAAUACUUUCAUCUCCUAAGUUAUUCAAAAAUAGAAUUGUAUUUAUUUUGUAUUACUUAUAACUUUAUUUAUUUUUGAGAAAAUGUUCUUCCUAGAUGAUGCAUUACAAUCAGUACUCUGCUUUUUGAAGAGCUGUUCUAUAGUGUUCAAUUGCUUAAACCGUCUCAGCUUUUAAAAUACAAAUGUGUUUGUGUUUACAGUAAAUAUAAAGCUUAAGAUUCUUCCUUAAGAGGAAAGUUGAACAUUCCAGUGUACGAAUCUCUUAUCAUGUCAACCCGGCUUUGGCGAGAACUUUGUUUGUCUUUUGAUAUCAGUUGUGUAGCUUUUAAGACUUGGUAGGACUGUUCUCACAGAGCAAUAGCAGAUUCUUCUUCACACCCAAAUAUCAGCAACGUACAACUCUGUAGUUCUGUAAGUUCUGACACUGUGUGUGUGAAUGUACAGUUUGUUGAAAGGCUGUAUCAUUAAUUUGUCUUUCCAAAGAUAUACUGACGAUAAAUUUAGAGCCAAAAAAAGCGCUUGUUCUUCUCGACGUUUGCUUGCAUUGCACUUGAAAACCUGUCUGGUAGAGAUUUCCUGCUCUGCUCAGAAGCUUCAUAGAGGGAAAAAAAUGUUUAGUAAGUACACUGAAAACUGAACACUUUAUAAAAAUAGUGAUUAUUAAUGCAUUGGUUCAUUUUUGAUUUGUUGUUUGAAUUUUUGUUAAUUUAUUGUGUUUUGCUACAGCUGUAAACUUUCCUGUGACUUAGAAACAUGCAUCCUGUUCAACCCUCCUCCUCUUCCCCAUCCUUUCCCUGUCAGAAACAACCCUUGUAAAUAGGAAUUUACCUCCCCAUCAGGUGUUUAGUUGUGUGAAUUGAAUUGUGCUGUACUUGUGUAAUGCCAGAUUUGCUAAAAGAAGGAAUAAAUGACCAAAUUUGGAAAGCUGAA